AUGAAGUUCGGCCAAGGUUUCGAAGCGGCCCUCUCGCGCGACGAUUAUCCGCCGGAGUGGAUCGACUCGGCCAUCUCAUACAAAAAGCUCAAGAAGUGCAUCAAACGCGUCCAACAAGAACUCACAAAUCUUGGACUAGACAAGGAGACUCUUGACACGUUAUGGCAGCAUGUAAGCUCCGGCGCCACCGAGGUUGAAGGACAUCUAGGCGACCGGCUCGUGCAGUAUUCGGUCGACGGUAGUGAAAAGGUCAGCUUCACACCUAGGCUGACAAUCCUCCUUGAUCCUCGAGAUGGUUCUCCCAUGGAUGCUUGGUUAACACCAGACACUCGGCGCAUCUUGCGACGCCUUGCUCGAAAUUCUAGGGCUUCCGUUUCAUCACCUCAUCGGAACGAAUCGGCAAAUGGACAUCCAGAAGACUCGAGGGGACCAGCAAGCGGCAGUGCCAUGCCGGAUUCACCAAGAUCAGAUGAUGGUGAUAAUGCGCCUGACAAUGAAGAACAGCAACCCCAGACGAUUGAGGUACCACUAACGUCCGAUUCCGAGUUCUUUCAGAUAUUGAGGCGUGAGCUGGCUGAUCUCGAUCGGUUACAAAAUUCAGAGCAGAGCCGCAUACAGAAUGAGAUCACUCAACUCGGCCACGAACUGCGCACCCUACAGUCAUCCAAAUCCAAGCGAUCAAAGCAGGAAAUCGAGAUUUGGAGGAAGAUUUUCGAACUAUACUCGGAUGCCGAGAUCUUCAUGUCUUCGCAUGAAGCCGACGCUGGUGCCAGAGAUGCCGAUCACGCACAAAUGCAGUAUUCAAAUUUCAACAAGAGUUUGGCAGCGCAACAGAACGAAGUCCUCAAGCUGGGCAAGGACGCCAAUGUUGCCCUGGACCGCUUUUUGCGCAUCAACGUCAAACUGCUCCGGUUGAUCAAAUUCCAAGAGAUUAACAAGACUGCUCUGGCCAAGAUCAUGAAGAAAUUCGACAAGCGGACAGCCUUGCAUGCACGAUCGACUGUUUCAGGUGCUCUGAUCAAAUCUCCCUUCAUGGCGCAGAACCUGGCCAAAGCCACAAGCUUUACUAUCUCGGAAGAGCUACUGAAGGUCAUUCCGCAACUCAACGACUAUCUAUGCCCAGUCUGCUUCACCAUUUCAUACAAGCCUGUCCGACUAAAUUGCGGUCAUGUAUUCUGCAUUCGGUGUAUGUUGGUUAUGCAGAGAGCAUUACAGGAACGUUGUCCGCUGUGUCGAGAACCAGUGGUCUUGGAGGCCACAAGUGACAACCUCGACCGAGAAUUAAUCAAGUUCAUGAAAACCAAUUUCAAAGCUGCAGUCAAAGCGAAGCAGAGGGAAAACGAGAUUCAAGCAGGCGUAGACCGAUGGGGAACACAGUACGACUACUCUCACAAAUGCACUGUCAUGUAG